AUGAGAAUUAUGUUAGUUUCAUUCCUUUCCUUCAUCCUCAGCUACUGGAUAUAUCUCAGUAUCCACAUUUCUGUCGCCUCUGGCAAAUGUCUUGAGGAUCAGCAAUCAUUGCUUCUCCAACUAAAGAACAACCUCAUAUUCAACCCUAAAAGUUCCAGCAAACUAAAGUUAUGGAAUCAAAGCUUUGCUUGCUGUAGUUGGAGUGGUGUAACCUGUGAUGAUGAGGGACAUGUUAUUGGCCUUGACCUGAGUGGAGAAUCAAUCUCUGGUGGAUUUGACAAUUCAAGUAUUCUUUUCAGUCUCCAACAUCUCCAGAAAUUGAACUUGGCUGAUAACAAUUUCAAUUCUGCCAUUCCAUCCGGAUUCAACAAGUUGGAGAAGUUAACUUAUCUGAAUUUGUCAUAUGCUAGCUUUGUGGGGCAGAUUCCAAUAGAGAUUUCUCAGCUGACAAGGUUGGUUACUCUUGAUAUCUCUUCUCUUUCCUUUUUAACAGGGCAAGAGUUGAAACUUGAGAACCCAAAUCUACAAAAGCUUAUCCAAAAUCUCACCAGUAUUAGGCAACUGUAUCUGGAUGGUGUAAGUAUAACAGCACAGGGACAGGAAUGGUGCAAUGCUUUGUUGUCGUUGCCUGACCUGCAAGAAUUGAGCAUGAGGCAAUGCAAUCUCUCAGGACCCCUUGAUUCUUCCCUUGCAAGACUUGAGAACCUAUCUGUCAUUAUUCUUGAUGGGAACUAUUUAUCAUCACCAGUGCCAGAAACAUUUGCCAAUUUGAAAAAUCUGACCACCCUCAGUCUUGAUUAUUGCGGGUUGACUGGAACUUUUCCACAGGAGAUCUUCCAGAUUGAAACAUUGUCAGUUAUUGACAUAUCAUACAACGAAAUUCUCCUUGGUUUCUUUCCAGACUUCCCACUGAGUGGAUCUCUCCAGACCCUAAGAGUAAGUAACACAAACUUCUCUGGAGAAUUUCCACCCUCUAUUGGUAACAUGAGGCACUUAUCUGAAUUGGAUCUUUCUUAUUGUCAAUUUAACGGAACACUUCCCAAUUCACUGUCAAACCUCACAGAACUCUGUUACGUGGAUUUGUCAUCUAACAGCUUCACAGGUCCGAUGACAUCAUUUGGUAUGGCCAAAAUGCACAGUCUUGUCAGCAUUGACUUGCGGUUUAAUUCUAUGGAUGGGAGCAUUCCUUCAUCCCUUUUUGCACUCCCAUUACUGCAGAGAAUUCAGCUUUCCUACAACCAGUUCAGUCAACUAGACAAUUUCACAAAUGUCUCUUCCUCUAUAUUAAACACCCUCGAUUUAAGUAGCAAUAAUCUAUCAGGGUCUUUUCCAGCGUCUAUCUUCCAGCUCAGUACACUCUCAAUCCUCGAACUUUCCUCAAACAAGUUCAAUGGAUCAUUGGAGCUAAAUAAGCUUUUGGAGCUCAGAAAUUUAACUAUACUAGACCUUUCAUACAACAAAUUAUCAGUCAAUGUUAAUGUUAUUCAUGCUGAUAUGUCUUCCUUUCCUGACAUAGGCAAUCUAAAAUUGGCAUCCUGCAACUUGAAAACUUUUCCUGACUUCUUGAGAAACCAGUCCAUGUUAUACUCUUUAGACCUUUCAGAUAACCAGAUUCAAGGAAAAGUGCCCAACUGGAUUUGGAAUCUAUAUAAUCUUGAAAGCCUUAAUAUUUCUCACAAUUUGCUGACUGACUUGGAAGGACCUUUGCAGAAUCUUACUUCCAACUUCGUAGUCCUUGACCUUCAUCACAACCAACUGCAGGGGCCAAUACCUUUUUUUCCAAAAUCUCCUGUCACCUAUUUGGAUUACUCAAGUAACAAAUUUAGUGCUGUUAUCCCACAGGACAUUGGUAAUUACCUGUCUCUCACAAUUUUUCUUUCUCUUUCAAACAAUACUCUUCAUGGCAGCAUCCCUGAUUCCCUAUGCAAUGCUUCAAGUCUUCAAGUGCUUGAUCUUUCCAAUAAUAACAUUUCCGGAAGAAUCCCCUCAUGUUUAAUGAAUGUGAGUGAGAAGCUUGGGGUAUUAAAUCUGAGUAAGAACAAACUCAAAGGUCCCAUCCCAGAUAUGUUUCCAGUUUCCUGUGCUCUAAGGACUCUGGGUCUCCAAGAAAAUGAAUUAGAUGGACGGAUUCCUCAAUCUCUUGUUAAUUGCAUAACAUUAGAAGUGCUAAACCUCGCAAAAAACCGGAUUAUUGAUGGCUUUCCAUGCUUCUUGAAGAAAAUAUCCACACUCCGUGUCCUGGUCCUGCGGCAAAACAAAUUUUGUGGUCCGAUUGGAUGUCAAAACACCACUGGUACUUGGCACAUGAUUCAGAUAGUUGAUCUAGCGUUUAACAACUUCAGUGGUGGACUACCUGGAAAAUACUUCACAAGUUGGGAGGCAAUGAUGUAUGAUCAAAACCCAGCUGAAUCCAAGGUAAAUCACAUCCAAUUUCAGGUUUUUCAAUUUGCUCCAUCAUAUUAUCAGGAUUCAGUGACAGUCACAAGCAAAGGUCAACGGAUGGAGCUGGUUAAAAUUCUGACAGCCUUCACAAUCAUUGAUUUUUCAUCCAACCAUUUUGAAGGAACAAUACCGGAGGAGCUAAUGGAUUUUAAAGCACUCCAUGGUCUCGACUUCUCAAACAAUGCUCUCUCUGGUGCAAUCCCAUCAUCUAUAGGGAAACUGAAAAACCUGGAGUCCUUGGACCUGUCCCAGAACUCUUUGGGUGGAGAAAUUCCUGUGCAGCUUUCAAGUUUGUCAUUCCUUUCGUAUCUGAACCUCUCCUUCAAUCAUCUGGUAGGGAAGAUCCCAACAGGAACCCAACUACAGUCAUUUCAAGCUUCUUCCUUUGAAGGCAAUGAUGGGCUAUAUGGUCCUCCAUUGACUGAAAAACCAGAUGAUAAAGAUCACAUUGCUGAAAAACCAUGUAGAAGGCUAGCUUGUUCAAUUGACUGGAAUUUUAUAAGUGUGGAAAUGGGAUUGGUUUUUGGCCUCGGAAUUGUCAUUGGUCCCCUCUUGUUUUGUAAGCAAUGGAGGGUGUCGUAUUGGCAACUUGUGAACAAAAUUCUUUGCUGGAUCUUCCCUCAGCUGUAUCUUGACUAUGUAACUCGCAGAGGACAAAGGUACACAGUUUUAAGGUGGUGGCAUUAG